AUGCUCUGGUAUCUCUUGUACCCGUUCCGAGGGACUACCAAUGCGCCUAGACUGGCUCCUGGCCACCCCCUUCGAAAAAGCCUCACGCAUUAUGGGGUUUACAUUGCACGAAACGUCGCCACCACUCUUCUCCUCUCUGUCGCCGUUACUAUCGCUCUCCUCUACCCCGUCCCCUUUCUUUACACCAGCGACUUUACUAGCAGUACCUCCCAUAUUCCUCGCCAUGUCUGGACCAACGCAACCCCGCUCAAGAACGGCAUCGAUGUCGAGCCUCACAUUGUCAUGCGUUCCAUAUGGGUCCAUGGAAGCUACAUGCAAGCCCUCAACCGUGAUGUUCUCCUGAGUACUCUCGAACUACAGGACGAGCUCCUGGGACCUACUAAGAACUUCAAUCCUCACCGUUCUAAUGCACUAGACAGCCUCGAGAUCGGCGACCCACUGGAAGAUCUCUCUCCAGAGCAGCGAGACGCCUUUCACGUCGUCAAUGGGCUCACAAACCAGUCUUGGUUCUUCCACUCGCCCUUGCUCUAUUGGUCCGACGACCGCGAGGCCAUUGCCUCUGAUUCUGACAUUUUGGCCACCGUCAAUGAGCACCAGAAACAGGCCACGUCCAUCAACGUCACGCUGCGCCACUCCCUCACAUUCAGCGGAGAGCGCUUCGAAGACCGGGCUCUGGUCGCCGCCGACGCCCUCGUCAUCACUCUGGUCCAUCUUCGCGACUCUCCCGUAGGCCGCCAGUGGGAACGGAAGUCGGCGGGGCUUGCCUCUCGCCUGGAUAGCAGAUGGACUGUUUACCCCAAAGAGGUCGGCCACAGUUUGCAGAGCCAGCUUUAUGAGUUUCAGUUUCUUCCCAUGUCCCUGCAGGACUCCCUGAUGUUAGCCCUGGCGUAUACCAUAACCUUUGUUUACGUUAUCCAGAACCUAUCCAAGCUGCCGGCCAUUAAAUCGCGCCCCGGCCUGAUCCUGACUGUCGUCGCCCAGAUCUUCAUGUCCAUCAUGUCAAGCUUCACCGUUUGCGCCAUCCUUAGCGUGGAUCUCUCGCGCAUUCCCCGAGCCGCAUACCCGAUCGUCAUCGUCUCCAUGAGCCUCGAAAACAUACUGCGGUUGAUCAAGGCCGUCAUCCUGACGAACAGCGAAAGCAGUACAAGCAGCCGCGUUGGUGAGGCGUAUGGGAAGACGGCGCACAUUGCCCUCGCCAGUGUGGUGGAGCAUCUCGUGCUCCUCUGGAUCAUUUCCAAACUUGUUGCUUCCGGACUGUCGGGUUUCUGCGGCUUUCUCGCCAUUGCUAUCGUCUUCGACUUCAUAUACCUCUCCACCUUCUUUUUAUCUGUUCUCAGCAUUGAGGUCAGGCGCACCGAACUCGGCGAAGCAAUCGAGAAGACUGCCUCUAUGCGGCGCCGCCUCCACUCGACGUCAUCCCAGCCGCCAUCACCAACAGCACUCGGCCUGCCACGUCCAUCCUGGUUUGCCGCUUUCCUGCAAGGUCGUGUCGACGUGUCUACGCGCAUCGCUGGCACCGUCAUCUUGGUGUGCUUUGUCGUGAUCGCUCAGUGGCACUUCUUCGACUUCGAGAGCAUGGUUCGCGCCGUAGUUCGACUCUUCAGAGUGGCCGCUCCGGAUACAGGUGGAGGCCACAACACAAAUUACUGGGACAGCGUGUCGCCACAGUUCAAAGAAGUGCACCAAGCGCGCAGCCCGGCCUCGUGGCUCCGUCUCCAAGACCAGACAGCGCGCGAAAUGAACAAUGCGAUACGACCAUACGCAUACAGCUGCGUUGCUCGUGUCUACGAGCCGCUUGUCUUUGUGCUGAAUGGUGCUGACCGUAUGCCCAGUGUAUCUGAGCGUCCAUUUCUUCCAGCUGUGUACGACUUUGUCCGUCAUCAGUGGAAGUCUUUUCUGGUGGCUAUUCUUGCUGUACCCGCCGCCGUGCGCACAUUUGUCAGCUAUCUCCUAUGGAUUGAGGCUGAUGAGGCAGACGACCACGUCGAGUCAGCUGAUGAGCCUCGUCUCUCGGUCAAGUCGCUCGAUCAAGGCCAUGCCUUGGAUGUCGCCCUGUUGGUGGCAUCACCCGACGGCCUGGUGGUCUCGGUCGGACUUGACCGACGAAUCCGUGUUUGGAAUGUGCAGUUCGGUUGCAGGAACUACCUGCUCACCGAAGAAGACGACUCCACGGACGUGCCGUUUCCGGUACUAGCUUUGGCCAUCGACGAUGACUCCACCUGGCUGGCUAUCCUAUCCACGUACAUGGUCAUGCUCUGGAAUCUGGAGACCAAGCGGUGGGGUGCCACUCUUCCUGUUGACCUGUGCGGACAGAAGCCAGAGGCCUUCUUCUUCACACCCGCUCUGAAGUGCACCAAGGUCCCCUCACUUGUGGUGGUGCGGCGAAACGGCACAUUUGCAGAGCUCUGGGCGGAUUCUUGCGAGAUGGUGGACCAUCCGAUCUGCCAAACCCCGCUGGUUUGCGCCGCGCCGCUUCACUGCCGAGCUCCGACAAUACCCCCAGUGUCGGUCGAAGAUCAUUUUGCCAUAAUCGCAGCUUCGCGCAACGGUUGUGUGUACCGGAUGUUCCGGGCCGGUGAUGAGUGGAUUUCAGAAGGACCAAAGCAGCAGGCGAAUAGAGAAAGAAGCGUCCACUCAGUGGUGGCGCUCGCGCAAUUCCCUGCGUAUCUUGUUGUGCGGACGUGGUCUGUGGACCUCGUCGAUCUGCGCACAUCCAACAUCAUCCACACAUUCCGGACCACCACGGCCAUCAAGGCACGAUCGCUAAGAUAUCUGUGUUCGAAGAGAAGACAGCUGCAGAUCGGCCCGCCAGAGCUGUCCCACUUCAGUCUCGUCUACUCGAGUGCCAGGACAGGACACUGCCUCAUACAGACAUAUCUGCCGGAGCAGGAAGGUGGAUCGAUUGCCUUGUUCUCCAACGAUGGCCUCACGGGCAUACCUGCCAGCUCAGAUAGCUCUUGCUGCACGUGGGAUAGAUCACGGCAGGUAACCAGAGACAUUCCCAACCCGGGCAAGUGGGAAGCCCUGCCUAACGGAUGCAUCGUCGGUGUACGGCGCCAGGGGCAAGCCAUCCCCGACGGCUGCACGGGUAGCCUUAGCCAUACUGCCAGCGGCCAUGAGUCUGCGGGCAGGACAGACGGCAGCCUUCGGCGCCGCGGGCUGGGAGCCCUGGCCGGAACAGUGCCUGCAACGCCGACCACAGCGGCGAGCACAACCAAGACAUCGACGGCUGCAACGGUGCCGGCAAGUGGCCCCGACUGUUGGGAGGCCUGGUCGAUGUGGAGCAUGCUGGACAAUCGAGACGGCGACAGCGCUGGCAGCCGGGGCUACGUGACACAGCCGCUGGGAGGAGACCACGACGACCUGCUUGUGACAGAGCCGGGCCCGAUUGUGCAAGUUGGGGCGGGAACAGUGGCUCUGGGCAUUGGAACUUCGAUCAAGAUCAUCACUCUGGGCCACGAGCGGUUCGGCAGUGCGGCAGACUUGCUCCGCGCAGAACCAGAGGUCAUGCGGGCAGGCAACGCGAGCGGACGGCGACGCAAAAACCGGCCGCUUCCAAAGGGAGCCUAA